AUGUCUACAAUGCUGAUGGCGCCUUCAUCAUCAAUCCUGAUGAGUACAAUAUCUACCAUUACUUCUACGACACCUCCAUCGCCGACAUUGUUAAGUGAGCCAAUGGAAAUUCAGUUUGAGAUUAUGUUCGUUAUGGUACUAUACUCUUGUCUAGCAGUGACGGGAGUCAGUGGAAACUGUUGGGUUCUCAUGAAAGUGAUAAAACAACUAUCUGGAUGCUCAUCUAACCGGAGCAGGCCAUACAAAACCGCCGUUGUCCAAUCAUCCGCCUACGUUUAUCUUAUUAUUCUCUCCGUGGUGGAUCUGUUGUCACUCAUCCCAGUGCCGAUGAUUGUCACAGAUGUCUAUGUGAAUCACUUCCCAUUCGGACUAUGGGCCUGUAAGCUCAGCUACUUCUGUGAGGCAAUCAACAAGUCCUUGAGUCCCAUGGUGCUCACCGCCUUGUCGUUAGACCGCUAUGUCGCUGUCUGUCACCCAACACUAUACUGGCUACGGACGACCAAAUUCUCAUUGGGAGUACUCGCUGUCUGCUUUUCGAUUUCCCUGAUUUUCAUCAUUCCGGUGACCCAAAAAGCGACAAUGCAAGUGAUGAAAGACCAUAGUGGCGAUGAAAUCGUUAAAUGCGCGUUCGAUGGUGGCUCGGCAAGCGAUGUGUUCGACACCGCUCAAGCAAUCAUCUGCUAUUUGGUGCCAAUGUUCCUGAUUUGUGCUGUCUACUUGGCUAUCUUGUACAAGCUGUGGCGUCACACUAGAUUCUCAACUGUCGGAAAGAAGACCAGCAUCUCGUUGGGAAGAGUUGUCAGGUGCAGUGUAAUGGUUGUUGCAUUCUACUUCGUGUGCUGGACACCAUACUGGGUGAUGCGGAUUCAUUAUCUGAUACUGCGAUUUGUUGAGAAAAACAGUGGUGGUGUGUCAGUGAAAAACGGAACUAUGACUGAAGACAUUGUGGUGACUACCACCAAAGCAACAAUAACGGACAGUAACGAGUUUUCGUGGUCUUCGCUUUUCGAUUUCAUCUCUGAAACACGGUGGCACAAUAUACAAAUCGCUGCGAUCUACAUUCUCCAUUCAUUCACAUAUGCACAGUCUGCAUUCAACUGGCUCUUCUAUUCGUUUCUCAACCGCAACUUACGCUCGAACAACGGCCGAGGAAACGGAACACGAUCUGCAGCUAACACAUCCGUGUUUGACAACGGAAACGCAACAAGCACCGUCAACACGUCUUUAACACCAAUUUGGAAGAAUAUUCAACAAAUGGGAAGUCAUAUUAAGACUGCUGGACUUGACACUCGUUCCGCGCUUUUGAAGAAGUCGCCGUUCAAAGGGAAAUCCAAAAUUCAGUCGAGAAGUGCCGCAUACCUCGACUGUUCAUCAGCUCAUAUGCUACGCCCUGCAUCCGAGAAUACACUGAGUUCAUCGCUUCUUGAGAUUCCAAGAAGACCAUCCCUGAUACCGAGACAAGAACCGUCUCUUGUCGGAAAAGCUCUUUCGUUUACAAACAUACCGCAACCCCAAUAUCAACGAAUAGAACAGAAGGAGGAGUCAUCUCAUGGAGGUGUCUCCGAGAGUUCUUCUGUUGAAUGGCUGUAG